AUGAAUGUGGAUGACAUAAAAAACAAAUUAAAAGAAUUAAAUAAGAAACAAUAGGAGAGUUUAAGUAAACGAAAAACCUUGAUUAAAGAAAUUAAAAGCAUGCCCUUUUAGUAAUUUGCAUUUAAUAUGAUAAUAGAAGGAAUAAUCAUAAAAAUAAGAAACCUAAGGAUGAAAAUGAAAAGGUAAUUAUAGAAUACGAAUGUUUUGAAGACUUUUGUUAUAAAUCUUGAGGGUGCAAAGGAGGAACGUGCUGAAAAGUAAAAGUAGCUUGAUCAAAAAGUACCCAUUGCCUAGAAAGAGAAGGAUAGAAGAAUAGUAAAAUCUCUAUUUGGCAACCAUUUACAAAGAGCUAAGUAAGAUUUAGAUGGAGAAAAAUAAAAAUUGGAUAAAUAAAUUGAAAUCAAUAAAAGACUAGAAGAUAAAGACCGACAAGAUCUGAUGGCAUUUAAGGAGGAUUAAGAUAAAAGAAAAGAAUAAUUGGUGACAGAAAGAAAGUAAUUGGAGAGAGAAUUAGCAGCUGAUGAAUUUAGAAGACAAUAAUUAUUAUUAGAGCUCUAAUUAAAAACUAUGAGAGACUUCUUUAUCACAAAAACAGCUCCAUAUUUAUUAUGGUAGCCAGUUAAAACAAAUGAAGGGAUGAAUCCACUUAAAGAAUAUAGUAACGAGAGAUUUAACGAAAUGGAAAGGGACCUAAAGGAGAAGUUACAAAGAGCAUACUAAUAAUUCCUUGACUUUUAAACUCAGAAAAUAAAAGAGCAGCCAGUUGAGUAGGAGCAUGAAAGUUCUCAAUCGGAAAGUGAUGAAUCUUAGGAGAAACCAAAGGAAGAUGGGUAAGAAUGA